AUGUCUCCGAUGAAAGCAAAGCUCGUCUCGUGGAUUUCACCUCCACGGAAGCCACCAGAUCGAGGGUCGUCUUCUUCGCUUGGGGCAUAUCCGGCGUUGCAGGAGCUUCGUCCUCCACCAGAACUUCCAGAUCUACCAGAUAAAUCUCUGGCUAUUGUCUCCUCUGUUUCCUGGCUCUUGCUUGACUUCUCGCAGAGUGUCUCAACAUCAAAUCUGAGAUUUGUGUUAUCAGAUUUGGUUUGGCAUCCAGAUCGAGGGUUGUAUGACUUUGCUCUUGACUAUCUUUCCUCUGUUGGAACUUGCUUGGUGUGUGUUACGAUAAACAAGGUAGGCUUCUACUCCUCAUCCUCCCUUCUCUUUCUUCAGAAAGAUUUGGGAUGUUCUUUGAAUGUGAGGCUCUGA